AUGGCGAACGCUGCUGCAGUCCCUGUCAACGAUACAGGGACAAUGAUGACCAAUGGUCACGACGCCGCGCCGGCGAGCGAUCAUAUCGGCUUGAUCUCCGGUCCCUUGAUCAAUUUCAAAAACAUGCACUUUGGCCAUCCUAGUCCGACUGCGGUGUGGCACGGGAGUGUCUUGAUCGUGACAAAGCCCGGUCAACAUCUUCAGCCGCAGCUCCACUUGCGCCAGUCGGGCCCCGUCAUGGGUCAGGAACAGCCUCGGUCACCCACAGAGCAGACCGUGCAGGGCUUGAAGCUGUACGAAGACCUCCAGAAGACCUUUUGGCGAUUCUCGCUGGCGGUUCCCGUCGAGACGUACGAAGCGCGUUGGGAAUAUUUCGUCCCGGGUCUGAUUGAGGAGUCGGGAGCCCCCGUGCAGCAGCCAUGGGAUUUCGUCGUCCCUGCCGAGAAUCAAUCCAUGCGGAUGAUGUUUCACUCUUGCAACGGCUUCUCCGUGGGCACCGACAUGGACGCCUGGGUUGGCCCGACACUGUGGAAGGAUGUGCUGCGCGUCCAUGAGCAAAAGCCCUUCCAUGUGAUGGUGGGUGGUGGUGAUCAGCUCUACAACGAUGGAAUCCGGGUGGAUGGACCAUUGAAGCCGUGGACGGCCAUUGGAAAUCCACACAAGCGCCGGAAUCACGACUUUAACAAUCAAAUGCGCGCGGACUGCGAUGAGUACUAUUACGCCAACUACGUGCGCUGGUAUAAUACGGAUCCCUUCCGCGCGGCGAAUGGCCGCAUUCCCCAGGUCAAUAUCUGGGACGACCAUGACAUCAUUGACGGCUUUGGCUCAUACACCGAUCAUUUCAUGAAGUGCGCGGUGUUUCGCGGCAUCGGUGGUGUGGCGUUCAAAUACUACUGUCUCUUCCAGCACCAUAUUGCGCCGCCCAAGUCGACCUUCACCACCGAUGCCCCGGCGACAAUGCAAGCAGUCAACGGUACGGCUGGUGUCGAUCCCCGUCAGCUGGAGAACACGUUUGUCUUGGAGAAUCAGCCAGUCGACGACAGUUGGAUCAUUGGGAAGCGUCCCGGUCCAUAUGUCGAGGAGAGAAGUCGAAACCUGUACAUGCGGUUCGGUAAGCGUAUUGCGUUUAUCGGAGUGGAUGCUCGCACGGAGCGCACGCGCCAUCAGAUCAACUACCCGGACACCUAUGAACUGAUCUUUCAGCGCCUGCAGCAAGAGAUCAACGCCGCGAAUGGUGAUAUCAAGCAUCUGGUGGUAUUGCUCGGCGUGCCGAUUGCCUACCCUCGACUGGCCUGGCUGGAGAACAUUCUCUCGUCGCCCUUUAUCGCGCCCAUUCGGCUUCUGAACAAGCGAUUCGGCGUGGCCGGUGGUCUCUUCAACGAAUUCGACGGCCAGGUCGAUCUGCUGGACGAUCUGGACGACCACUACACGGCCCGACAGCACAAGCGGGAACGCAAAAUCCUCAUCCAGCGAUUGCAGGAGCUCGCUCGCGCCAACUCCAUCCGAGUGACCAUCCUCGGUGGCGACGUGCAUCUCGCCGCCGUCGGUCGUUUCUACUCUCACCCUAAGCUCAACCUUGCCGGCGAGAAUGACCACCGCUUCAUUGUGAAUGUGGUCAGCUCGGCCAUCACCAACAAGCCACCCCCGAAGGCGGUUGCCAAUCUCCUCGCCCGUCGAAACAAGAUCCAUCAUCUGGACCACAGCUGCGACGAGACCCUGAUGCCCAUCUUUGACAAGCAGCCGGGUGGCGUGGAGAAGAGCGCGACGUGGAACAAUGUGACCAUGCCGUCGCGCAAUUUUGCCAUCUUGACCGAGGUGGUUGCACCGGCGUCAAAUGGUCAUGUCGCAGAGCCUGUCAGUGCCAAACUGGACCAAUUGCCCAAAGAUGGCCACGCACCUCUGCAUCGGGGUGAAGUGGACGCGGGUUCGACUCAUAGUGCGGCCGAUGGCAUCAGUGUGAAUAGUGGCAUGUAUGGUGGUCUGGAUGUGUCGAUUCGUGUGGAGAUUGACCCCCAUGAUCUUAAGGGCACAACCGAGGGAUAUGGAUUCAGCAUUCCCCCGCUGUUCGCUACCGAAGGCCCACAGGCAUCUUCCGGGAUGAGUGUCUACUCUCGCGUGUCUCGUCACAACUCGCGCGAAGAGCAACCCGGACGGCCAUCGACAGCACGUUAA